AACAAUCAGGACAAUCAGAAAUCUCAAACCAUCAAGGAGACACAGACGUGAAGCCCCCCCCCAAUGGACACUUGAGUUUCCAGGACUGCUUUGUGACUUCAGGGGUUUGGAACGUAGCCGAGCUGGUCCGAGUGUCACAGACCCAGUUGCUACGGCGACAGGUCCGAACUUCUCCCUGGCUGACCUGGACAGCCCCGGGUAUUACAACAUCAAUCAGGUGACGCUGGGCCGACGCUCCAUCACCUCCACCCCCUCCACCAGGACUGAGAUGGAGCUUUAUGCAAGUCUCCCACGGAGCUCCAACAAGCGUAAGUCCAUUGACGACAGCGAGAUGGAGAGUCCGGUGGACGAUGUUUUUUACUCGGGUCGAUCCCCGGCGGCCGGCAGCAGCUCUCAGUCCAGCGGCUGGCCCAACGAUGUGGACGCAGUGCAGCACCAUUUGGCCAGUGUGCAGGAGAGGAAGAUUAAGCAUGAGAGCGAUGGAGUGCAGUUUCCUUACCAUGGGAGUCCCCGAGCUACAGCCUCCGCGCUGCACUUCCCGUCUCCCUCCAUCAUCCAGCAGUCCAGCCCCUACUUCACCCACCCCACCAUCCGGUACCACCACCACCCGGGACAGGACCCCCCUAAAGGAGUUUGUGCAGUUCGUCUGUGCCGACGGAUCAGGGCAGUCAUCCGGACAGCCAACGGGAGCGGCCAGAGCAAAAUGCCGGGCUCCUUCUUGCUGCCUCCACCUCCCCCAGUGGCCCGCCCAGUGCCCCUCCCCAUGUCCGACUCUAAACCCAACAGCACGCCCCCCGACGGCGGACUCUCCUCGCCCGCAUCUCCGUCAUACUCCACGCCAGGCGCCUCAGCUUCCAACAGGUUUGUCGGCAUCGGAUCACGGGACAACAACUUUCUGAACAUCCCGCAGCAGACGCAGUCUUGGUUCCUCUGACAAGAUCUGUGCCCCAACCAGCAACCAGAGUUCUUUCUUUACAAUCGGAAAUAAGAAGAGAGAUUCAAAACCUGCCCUCCAACAAACCCACCGACCUGACAGUACGUCCCACCUGAUGUUUAGGAAAUACACCCGAAGCAACGCAGGAAACCACAGCAGCUUUUCAGAGGAACUCAUUUGAUCCAGUCAGAGGGAGAGGAGAAGAUGGACAAGAUGGACGCCGGGAGGAAGCUCAACUGAGGAGUUUUGUUUAAAGAACGACAGAGAAAAACCAACAAAAUCAGGUUUCUCCAUCACAUUUCCCCGCAUCGCAUCCACAAAGGUGUCCGCUGAAAGCUGCAGUCCUGUGACGUCCCCCAAAUUGUCCAAAUGUCCCUCUGAAAAGACUCGACAAAGUCCCUUUUUACCCUGCUACUAACUAGAGAGAGACCAUGCCAAAACGUAUCUCCAUUUAAGGGUUGCACUAGAAGCCGAAUCAAUUAACACUAAUCCUAACGAUGUGCACUAUUUACCUGCCAGGCAUGGGAGGUGAACCCUUCUGAUGAGAGUUUUAAAGAGGAAACAACUCAACCCCCCCAUCGACCAAUCAUUGGCCUCCGCUCACUUUCCCCGCACAACACACACACCAUGAACAUGAUUAAAAACACACACACACAGUUUUAGAUCGUAGUAUCCAUAGGUGGAGGUGUGUGUUACCAUAUAUGUAUUCUACACACACGUAGCCCAGUGAACGAUUCAAUUAGACAUCCAAACAACACACACAGAUAAUCCCAGUGUGUGUGUGUGUGUGUGUACUGACAGUGACUUUAGACAGCAGCUAUUGGUUCCCCCUUUGCCCUCUUAUUGUAAUGUAGAUGAAUGAUUUUGUUAUCUCUUGUGUGUUCUCUCUUAUUUGAAUUUAUUCCUUUUGGAUUUGUACUAUU